GUAUAUAAAGAUGUGUGGGUUACAUCAAAGAAGAAAGAAAAGAAAGAGAGAUCAGCAUGGUGGUGACAAAAACGAGCGGUAGCGGUGGUGGUGGUGAUGAAUAUCGGAGCAGCGAUUACGUGCACUCGACGUUCGCGUCUCGGUACGUGCGGGGGCCAAUACCGAAGUGGAGGAUGCCGGAGGAGACCAUACCGAAGGAAGCGGCGUACCAGAUCAUAAACGACGAGCUCAUGCUGGACGGCACUCCUCGCCUCAACUUGGCCUCCUUUGUCACCACUUGGAUGGAGCCUGAGUGCGAUCAACUCAUCAUGGCCUCCAUCAACAAGAACUACGUCGACAUGGAUGAGUACCCUGUCACCACCGAAAUCCAGAAUCGUUGUGUGAACAUGAUUGCCCACCUUUUCAAUGCUCCUGUGGGAGAUGAUGAAGCUGCUGUUGGUGUGGGAACUGUUGGAUCAUCAGAGGCCAUAAUGCUUGCUGGUCUAGCUUUCAAGAGAAAGUGGCAGCAAAAGAGAAGAGCAGAGGGAAAGCCCUUUGAUAAGCCUAAUAUAGUCACUGGUGCCAAUGUUCAGGUAUGCUGGGAGAAGUUUGCAAGGUACUUUGAGGUUGAGCUGAAAGAGGUUAAACUAAAAGAGGGAUAUUAUGUGAUGGAUCCUGAGAAGGCAGUUGAGAUGGUGGAUGAGAACACCAUUUGUGUUGCAGCCAUUCUUGGCUCCACAUUGACUGGAGAGUUUGAGGAUGUGAAGAAACUCAAUGAACUCCUUACUCAGAAGAACAAGGAGACAGGUUGGGACACCCCAAUUCAUGUAGAUGCUGCUAGCGGCGGUUUCAUUGCGCCGUUCCUUUAUCCGGAUCUUGAGUGGGAUUUCAGAUUGCCUCUGGUGAAAAGUAUCAAUGUGAGUGGCCAUAAGUAUGGACUUGUGUAUGCUGGUGUUGGAUGGGUUGUGUGGAGGAGUAAAGAGGACUUACCUGAUGAGCUUAUCUUCCACAUCAAUUACCUUGGAUCUGAUCAACCUACUUUCACCCUUAACUUUUCUAAAGGCUCUAGUCAAAUAAUUGCUCAGUACUAUCAGUUCAUCCGAUUAGGAUUUGAGGGCUACAAGAACAUAAUGGUAAACUGUAUGGAAAAUGCCAAAGUACUAAAAGAAGGAAUAAAGAAAACAGGGCACUUUGACAUAGUCUCAAAGGACAUAGGGGUGCCUUUGGUGGCAUUCUCCCUAAAAGACAGUAGCAGAUACACAGUGUUCAACAUAGCAGACAGCUUGAGGAGGUUUGGAUGGAUUGUGCCGGCCUACACCAUGCCAGCCGACGCUCAACACAUCGCAGUUCUUCGGGUGGUGAUCAGGGAGGACUUCAGCCGCAGCUUGGCUGAGAGACUUAUCUCGGACAUUGAGAAAGUUUUGAAGGAAAUGGACACUCUACCAAGUCACAUUGUGUCCUCUGAAACAGCCCACGUUGCUUUGGUCGAUGAUGGCCAUGUCAAUAAGACUAUGAGACAGAUUCAAGAAGAAGUAACCAGCCAUUGGAAGCGGUUUGUUAAGGAACGUAAAACUGGAGUAUGCUAAGCUUCCAAAACUAUUAGUACUUGUGUCACCAAAACACAUAAAAAACUACUGAAAUCAUAUGAUAUGGUGUGUGGUUUAUGGGACUUUUACUAUAUGUGUUUGUAUUACAUGAUUGCAAUAGAGUUAUGUACUGAGAAAUGAAAUAAAACGAACCCAAAAAGCAAAAACUGUGUGUGAAAUUGAGAAGAUUGUAGUCUUUGAGGUAAAAGAACCAUGUAAAGGGUAAUAAUGAAAGCUUGAAGAAGAAAAGGUUUCGUA